AUGGCAGCAAAGUUCCUCCUAGCUCUGGCUUGUGUCACAUUGGCUCAAUGUAGCCCUGCCCUUAUAAACGGUUAUUUAUACCGUGAUGGACGAGGGUUCUCAGUGGGACAAGCCUUUGCGAACGGCUAUGGUGGGCGUGCAACGGGGUCCGCUACCGCUAAUGGCGGCGUCCUCCAGGCCUAUGGUACUGCUUCAUCGGCUGACAAUCAAUUUGCAAGAAAUGACUUUGGUGAAGCUAUUCCUGGACAGGCUGUAGCAAAUGCUGAGGUUUUUGAAGGUCCAGAGGCUCCUCAAUAUGGAGUAGCUAAAGCUGUCGCUGAAGCUCAAAACGCACCUACAUUUUAUUACGAAAUCCCUCAACCAGCUGCUAUUAUGUACGAACAAAACUUUGAACUGCCCGCACAGAUGAGAUAUCAAUUACCUGCAGGACAAAUUAAAGCUGAAUCUUCUGCUAUCGUCAACGGAGAUUCAGAAUCCUCAAUCUCAACAGUGAGUAAUGACGGUGCUGGUUCAGCUCAGUCUUCUGCCCAAACCCGUGGAGUAGGUAGUUAUGGCAUAACAGCCUCAAAUGCAAAGAUUUACGGAGGACAAGGGUCAGCAUCCGCAAAUGCCAACAACGGCCUUGGAAACACUAUCACCUCUGCCAGAACUCAAGGAUUCGGUGCCGCAAACACAAGGUCUCAGGGAGGACUCGGCUUGACCUCUGCUCAAUCACAGACCAACGGCGGAUAUGGCUCAGCUUCGUCCACUGUUAACAAUGCCUAUGAAUCAGCAGUUGCCACCGCGAAUACUCAAGGCUUCGGUUCAGCAACCUCAAACGCAGAUAUCAACAACGCCGUUGCUUCCGCUAAAGCCGCUGAGCACAGAGGCAUCUCGUGGCGUUUUGGAACCCUCUAUGGUACCCCCUCAAUGGUGGCUCCCUCUAACCUCGGCCAAGCUCAAGCUUCAAGCCAAGCUAACGGUGGCCUAGCUAAAUCUACCGCACACACAAACACAGCUGGUUAUGGAAAUGCUCAAUCAUCCGCUGAUGCUAUCGGUCAGGGCUCUGCCAACGCAAAUGCUAACAUUAACGGUGGUUACGUCAACUCUGCAGCGAAAACAUACGGUUAUGAUGCAGGUGUAGCUAAAACCGUAGCUAACACUCAGGGCUUUGGAACUGCCAACUCUGAAGCCAACACUGGUCUUGGAUCCGUGAAAUCUGCCGCCAACACCAAUGGAUUCGGUUAUGGCAACGCAAACGCUAAUGCUGAUAUCAGCGGAACAGGCCUGAAGUCAACUGCGAACACCAACGGAUUUGGAUCUGCUUCUUCUUCUGCUAACAACGGAGCCACCAUGGGUUCAUGGAGAACAAACGUUUACAACCCAUACGGUGGCUCUCGCACUGUAGCUAACGCUCAAACAUCUGGCCAGGGUUCCGCCUCCUCAUCAGCUAACACCCAAGGUCUACACGCUGGAUACAGAGUAGUGAACUCUUCCGCAAACACAUCAGGACAUGGCUCAGCUCAGGCCAAUGCCCAAUCCAUUUAA